CCACCACCACCACCACCUCCAGCCAAGCUGUUCACCCCGAGCAAGAUCACUUUCACUUCAGGGGGAGACAACAUGAACCUCUCAGACCUGCCCACCUUCACCCCCACCAACUUCCCCCCCAGUGCCUUCAACUAUGAGCGACCCAGGCAUUUCAUCCAGUCCCAGCCGUCCUUCCAGGCGCCCAGUUACGACAGCGUGGUUCGUGACGCUCAGGAGUACCAGAACGCAGACCCACCGGGUCAGGGCCAGGGCAGGUCCACACCGGGUCACUCGGCCUCUCGGAGUCAGUCUGUGUCAAAGUCCUCGUCACGGUUUGAGUCCAUGAACCAGAUCCAAAGCCAGUUCACGGCUCAGACUGGCCACCAGAACCAGACCAACGGACUGGUCAAGUCUUCUCCUUCUUCUGGUCUCAGCUCUCCUGUCCCCUCCUCCUCCUCCUCCACAUCUGCCCUCUUUACUCCCGUGGUCUGCACCUCCUCGUCCUCAGCACCGCGUACGACCGUGCGUUCGACCAUCACUCUCACCCCCAACGUGCCCAGCGCCACCGGUCUGGGCAGUGCCACCCUGCCGGCCAACCAGGACGGCAUGUCUGCCCCCGCCGCUUACCUCUGCUCCGUGCUGCCCUCCCAAAACGCCUUCCCUUUUUCAUCCUCCAAACUCUCCCCCAACUCCAGCCUUCCUCCUCCCUCUGUGUCCCCCCCCCGCUCCCCUCUGUCUCCAUCCUCCUCCUCUUCCUCCUCCUUCCAACAGCUCAACAGUCAGAACAGAGUACAACCUGCAGUGGUCUCCCUGCCCGCCCACUACAAGGGGUCCCCCAACACCCUCCCUAAACCCAUCCUGAAGAAGUCGGUGGCUCCGCGGCCGUCCUCCUCCCGCUCCACGGACGAAGACAUCCAGGGCUCCAAGGACGCCCUCAUCCAAGACCUGGAGAAGAAGCUGCGCACCAAGGAGGCCCGGAGGAGGAGCACUCAGAAACUGUCGUACGAAGAGCGAAUGGCGCGGAGGCUGCUGGGUCCAGACAACGUCAGCACCGUCUUUGACCAGGACCGUCUUUCAGACUCACAACUGGACCAGCCAGAUUCACCGGAGGGAAAACACACAGGUGGACUGUGGGGGAGACAUCACUCAGGGACAGAUGAGAGAGGUAACGAGGGCUCAGCUAUCCAGGAGAAAUGCUAUGCCCCCCGCUUCCUGCAGAUCCCCCCAGACCUGACUGUGGAGGAGGGGCGCUUCUGUAGGGUUGACUUUGAGGUCGGGGGUCUCCCCACACCAGACGUCUGCUGGUACCUGGAUGGUAAAGCCAUUCGUCCAGACGACUACCAUAAGAUGUUGGUGUGUGAGAAGGGGCUGCACUCCUUCAUCAUAGAGAUCGUCACGGUGCACCACGCCGGCGUGUACGAGUGCGUGGCCAAGAACCGGGCCGGAGAGAGCCGGUUCUCCAUGAGGCUGGACGUCAUCGCCCAGGAGCUUCUCCGUCCUCCCACCUUCGUCCAGAAAAUGUCCAACUCCCGAGCACUAGAGGGCGACACUGUGAGAUUAGAAUGUAAGGUGGACGCCUCCCCUCCACCACAGCUGUUCUGGAAGAAAGAUAAGGACAUGAUGCGCCUCGAUCCCACCAGAAUGAGUCUGUACCAGGACGGUUCAGGACGUCAGUGUCUGUUGAUAGAGAGGGUGCUGAAGUCUGAUGCUGGAUGGUACACGCUCUCUGCCAUCAAUGAAGCUGGCAUGUCCACGUGCAACGCCAGGCUGGAUGUCAGCGCUCGUGCAGGCACUGCCUUGAAAACAGCUCCCCCUGGCUCCAAGACCCUGAAGCUGCUGUCGUCCCUGAGCCACGUUCCGGGUCCGUCCUCAGAGAGCGCCCCUCAGCACACUGCACCACUGUACGAGAGCGCAGAGCUGUAGAUGCUGCGCUAACCCUAGUCAGUCAGCUACAUCUGCUCAGAGGACUGUCAUGUACCUGAGGCUGCUACACACCUGGACGAGGGAGUAGACGACAACAAACAUCACGUCGCUCAGUCUCAGGUGAAGACCGAAGAAAACCUUAAAGAUAAUGAACUCAGAGAAUCCACCCUGAUCCUACAGUGAGAGCCUACAGUGUUCCUGCGAUGGUCCAGUACCUGUAGAGCUGUAGUCUCCUCUCACCCCCCCACCCUCUGUCCCCCAACCCUUCAAGUCCAAGUCAUGAUGGAUAUGAAGCUACAGCACCAGUACCAGUACCAGGGUCCUGUCUGCUCUGGUCCACUGACCAACACUGUUCUCCUCAGUGACUGCACUUUAAACAUAACAAUGAUGGGGGGGGACCCACCCCCCCCCCCACCUCAGUCUGAUGUGUUGAUUCUAAUAUACAGUCUAUGACAGUGAAGUUAUUUAUUUGACAUUAAUUAUUUAAUUUGUCCACGCUGACACUCAUACCACGGCCUGCAGGGGGCAGCAUCCACAGGAUUACCAUAUGUGGGCCUGCAGUUCCAAAUCCAGCCCCUAGGACUGAACACAAAAUCAAACCUGCUUACACAAAAUAUAACAUAUAUAAUAGAAAUACUUAACAAAUCGUCCAGUGAUCAAAUCUGCAGUGCAGACGUUUCUUAUUGGAGAAAAAGCUGCUGACGAUGAUGUUGAGUUAGAAUUGGGUGAAAGUCACAGAGACGAGACGAGAGGAUUGAUUUAAUUAUCUUUGAAUGGAUUGCUGUUAAUUUGAGGCCAAAAGGUUUGUUAACGAAAACCUUAAUUUUGACUGUUUUGCAUGUUUGACCCCUGUGUUUGACCCCUGUGUGACGUGGUCACAGUCAGUGGCCGGACUCUAAUGACCUCAGAUCCACAGGGUUGACUUGUGUUUGUUUGAACAAGUAGGUGAACAGGUAGAUGGUUUGUUUGUUGUGUACGAUGUUCUGCAUAUCACUGGAUGAAUGAGCAAUAAAGUCGGCUUUGAACACAA